UCCAAAUUUAUCUGCUGAACGCCGGUUUCUUCUCACGCAGACAUGAGUUGUCACUGAGCUGUAAGGAUCUGAGAUAGACGUUUGUGGAAACUAUAACUUACACUAAUUUUCAAAAAGCCUGUCUUACUGAAACAUACUUGGAUUACGUUAUGUGCAAUAUGACUUUGGAAGAACUAAGUGGAGAUCAAACUACAGAAAGCAUGGAUACAGUGGGGAAAGCCCUUGAAGAAGUUAUUAGCUCUGCAUUACCUCAAGGAUGCAUAACUGUUGGAGUCUACGAGGCGGCAAAGUCACUCAACGUUGAUCCAGACAAUGUGGUUUUAUGUUUGCUGGCUACAGACGAAGAGGAUUCCCAGGACGUUGCUCUGCAAAUCCAUUUCACCUUAAUUCAGGCAUUCUGCUGUGAAAAUGACAUUAACAUCUUAAGGGUGAACAACAUGAGGUGUCUGGCAGAGCUCGUUGGUGGAGUGAAGCAAGGAGGGGAGCCCAUGGACCUCCACUGUGUUUUAGUCACUAAUCCACACGGAUCUACAUGGAAAGAUCCAGCUCUGAGCAAAGUGAACGGAUUCUGCAAAGAGAGCCGCUGUUUGGACCAGUGGGUGCCGGUGAUUAACCUUCCAGAAAGAUGAUGCGAAGGGGAAACAAAGACUUUUUCAAUGAAUCGCACUGGAUUUGCAGAAUUCUCAGAAGAAACCCCCCCCCAAGCUGAUGCAAAACAUUUUACAAAGUGACCAGGAGGGGGUGGAGUUCAGUUCAACUACAGGAAUGGAUGCUCUUCCCAGUGAAGAGUGGUGACCUGGCAGUUUGGGCACCGCUGGGACGGGUGGGGGACCUAAUCAGCAUUUACUGGAAAGAGAUUUGACAUGUGUGAUCUGGUUAACAGCAGGAUUGAUGCAGUAGCGGUGACUGUGGUUUGGGACUGAUUUAAGGAGAUGUGAUGGACUCAAGGAUUUUAUAUAUAUAUAUAU